CAAUCUUUUAAACUGUCCGUACUUGACUAUGGCAUCAACAUCUGUUCAAGUUUAUGGUCGUAAGAAGACUGCAACUGCUGUUGCAUUUUGCAAAGCAGGUCAUGGUAUGAUUAAAGUUAAUGGUCGACCACUAGACCUUGUUGAACCAGUUAGUCUCCGUAUGAAGGUUCAAGAACCUGUCCUACUCCUCGGAAAAGAUAAAUUUGCUGGUGUUAACAUUCAAGUUCGUGUUAAAGGUGGCGGUCAAGUGGCUCAGUUAUAUGCAGUUCGUCAAGCUAUAUCCAAAGCCAUAGUUGCAUACUAUCAAAAAUUUGUUGACGAAGCGUCUAAAAAAGAAAUAAAAGAUGUGCUUAUUCAAUACGAUAGAUCACUACUAGUAGCUGAUCCAAGACGUUGUGAAGCAAAGAAAUUUGGUGGACCUGGUGCUCGUGCAAGAUACCAAAAAUCAUAUCGUUAACAUUUUUUGUUGUGUAUACAUUUCUGAAUGGAAAAUAUAAUUGCUAUAUCAUA